AUGGAGCGCAUCUCCCGCCGAAUCGACAAGUACCACCGCCAUCCCUCAGCCAAUCCCGCCCGCAAGGCCGAGAGCCAAUCUUGGCCUUCCACCUGCCACCGCGACUCAACCUCGAGUUUCCCAUGGGGGCUGCCGUCUCGUUCCAAGCUCUCUGGCUUCUCGGCUGGCCGAGGCAACGGUUUCUGGGAUACGGAACGCGAGCAGCUGCACCACCGCAUCGCCUACCUUAAGAAGGUCUCCCAAGACCCUUAUGGUGCUAUCUUCGGUCGCCGACUAGAUUCCUAUCGUAUGGACAAUCAGGACAACGCAUGGCCAAGUUUCCUGCGCUCCUUUCUGAACACUGAGCCUGCUGGCUCGGAGAAUCCUCCCAAAGCCCAUCUCCAAGAUUUUAACUUUGCCAAGUCUCCUCAGCUAAGCGCUGAGGGACGCCAGUAUGAUCCUAUCAGCGGACGUAUGGCCCCCGUACCACCCAAGCCCAUGGACACUAUUGCCCACGCCGGAGUUGAGUGUCCCCCUGGAAGCGAAUUGGAGGCCAAGUUUGCCUCUGAGCCCUUGGUUGAGAAAACCGUCAAGGAAGCUAGUUCCGAGUCUAUUGACUGCUCUGGUGGAAGCGAACUUGAGGCUCUUUUCACUGCCGACCCCUCCAACUUCAAGAACGCUCAGGUAAUGUCCAAAGUGCCUCAUGGCCAGGAGUCUACCGUGAAGCCCAACAUCCACGUUGCCUGCUCUCCCGGCAACGAGCUGGAGGCGCUUUUCGUCUCGGAGUCCCGCCGCACCGAACAGCCCGGUGCUGAGACUAUGCAGGUCCAGCGAUCUGCUAAGAAGCUUGACCCAGAUGCCGGUCUGAGCUCUGGUGCUAAUGUCGAGUGUACUCCCGGAAACGAGCUGGAGGCAAUGUUCGCCGCCAAUCCCGCUGCCCGUGAGGACCAAGCUCAGCCUUUGGAAGCAUUCGAUGCUCAGGCCACCAGCAGCGAAACCAGCUUCUCUGUCGACUGCCCGCCUGGAAAUGAGCUCGAUGCGAAGUUCGCUGCCUCCGUCGCCGGUCUUGGCCCCCAGACUACUAGCGUCACUGAGGAUGCCGCCCCGAGCGUUGACUGCUCUCCCGGCAGCGAGCUCGAGGCCAAGAUUGUGUCUGAGUCGAUGAAACUCGGAACCACUGUCGACUGCCCGCCUGGAAGCGAACUAGAAGCCAAAUUCAUCGCUGAUCCCGCUUCUGCCGAGCAUGCCCCGUUCCAAAUGGCUCCUGCUGCAGAACACGCUACUGCCAAAAAGGCCAACGUUAACAUAGACUGUGCCCCCGGUAAUGAGCUCGAAGCCCUGUUCAUAUCCGACGCAGCUAGCGCUGGUGCACGUUCCGCCGCCGUAUCAGAAGUUGACACCAAGGCCCACUCGCUCAAGUCCAACAACCUCAGGUUUGAGGGCACUGAAGACCGCGUCGGCGACUUCGUCAAGCAGAACCAGAGCACAACGCCCUCGACCUGGUCCUCCACCGAUUACCGCAUCUUAGCCUACGACUCAUCGAUAUCAAAGGUCAGCACUUCCGAAGCCGACUCAUUCUUCGGCACCGCCUCCACCACCGCGCCCGACGAGAUCCUUGCUCGCCUACACAAUCCCGCCAAGUUCGUCCCCUACUUCCAAAAAAUGCAGCAAGACGGCUACGAAAUCGCCACCGGUGGCGGCGACAUCCUCGUCUUCCACCGCUCCUCCAAUGCCCCCAAGGCCACGUCCCCCUCCACCUUCACCGAACCCGACGCCGCAACCAUGAUGGCCAACAACGAGAUCGCCAAGUUCAUCCGUCACGACUCCGAACCCGCCCACUCCCACUCCACCUUCAAGCCCUCCAUCGAAUCCGGCGCCUCCAGUCCGAAAUCCAAACCCAAACCCGGCAUUCUCCGCCGCAUAAUCUUUGCCAGCACAGCCACCUUAGCUUCAUGCUACGCCAUAGGCGUGGUAAUAGAGUUCUUCCGCACUGGGGGUGUGGACGGGCGUGGCAUUGACGGAUUUACUGCCUUUGAAUCUGAGCGGCGGCGUGAGUAG